AUGGUGGCUGACGAUUUGAAGGAGAAUAUCCCAAUUCAGAAAGAGAGCAAGGUGUCAAUGGCGCCAACAGAGAUGAAUCCAUGGCCCGAUUUCAUACAGAGGCGCAUUGAUAUGUGGGACAAACUGAUGGCUGAGUACAAAGCUGAGAUCGCGGCAAAGGUAUGGUCAUGUUGUAAUUUAGUGUUUUUUCUCUGAAU